UUAUGCGCGCCGGGAGGGACGGCCGCGCGCAAUGUUGCGCGCGGCGUAGAGGUUGAGAGAUCGGCCGUUGCGAGAAGCCUUGGCCUUGCUCGCCUUACCGGCACCAGCAGCACCAACGGUAGCAGCGCCGGCGUUGGCAGUUCCGUUGUUGGCGGCGCCUCCGGCCGCGGCGUCGGCUUCGUCAGCAGUAUUGCCAUUGCCGGCGGCAGCAUCUUCCUCAUCAGCCGCGUUUCCGUUGUCUGUGGCAGCGUCCUCCUCAUCUGCGGCGUUGCCAGCGUUGCCUGCGUUACCGGCAGCCGCGUCCUCUUCAUCAGCGGCAGCACCGUUGCCAGCAGCGGCAUCCUCCUCAUCGGCGGCAUUGCCAGCGUUGCCAGCAUUGGCGUUACCGGCGUUCGCGUUGCCAGCAGCAGCGUCUUCCUCAUCAGCUGCGUUGCCAGCGGCAGCGUCCUCAUCGUCUGCCGCAGCGUUGCCGUUGCCAGCAGCCGCAUCUUCGUCAUCAGCAGCAGCACCUCCGUUGCCAGCGGCAACAUCCUCCUCAUCCGCCGCGUUACCCGCAUUGCCAGCAUUGUUCUGGUUGUUGGCGUUGCCACCCUUGGCCUGGGCACCAUUACCACCGGCACCGGCACCAGCAGCCUGCUGGCCACCGUUACCGCCGCCACCGCGCUUGUGCUUGCUGGCUUGUGCUCCGGCCUCGAAGACGUUGAUGACGCCGUCACCGUUGAGGUCGUCAGGGUCUCCGGCCGCGACGGGGGUGCCGUUGGGGUUGUUACGGUCAAAGGUGGACUGGGGCUGCUGGAUGAGUUCGCUGCCUCCGGCGCGGCGUUGACGGCUGCGAGAGACUUCGGAGGCGGGCGCCGCGGCGACGACGCCGGCCAAGAGGGCGAUGGCUGCUGUGGAGAACUUCAUCUUGGAGUUGUGAGAGAAGAUAGAGAUAUGAGAGUAAAGUAUGAGAGAAUGUAAGAAAAAGAGAGUAAAGUACAAGUAAAAGAACGACUACUGCCCGAGUAGUGUUGAAGAAAAUGAGACUGGCUCAAGGGAUAAGGAGAAAGAGAAGAAUGUGGUGAUGGAUGAGGUGCGGUGAGGGUGAAGAGGAAGAGUAGCCGUUAUCACCAGC